AUGAAUCUGACACCUUUGACGGCCAUUGAUGGCCUCUCAUCGUUGACCUUAUUUCAGCAGGCACAACAUAUUGCCCGCCAGAUCCCAGAAUGGCACAAGGCAGGCCAUUACAACUACUCAGUGCCUCAGGGGCAUGAUGUCGGUGUGGACAUCCACACAAAGGAAUUCAACGGCGACUAUUGGGUUGCUCGUGCAAAUGGAUUCGAGCAGUUUGAUGCAAAGUCUCGGAAACAUCUUUUCCAUGUUUUGGACAAGUACGUGCUUGGCUCCACCUCCCUGCUCGACGAGUCUCACACUCUGUAUGAGCUCGGAUAUAUCCAGGAGUUAGCCGACUUCAAGGUGCAUCCUUACGAUCUCGGUGAUACGGUUCCCGGAUACGAGGGUGUGGCGUAUUUGGCAGAGUUGUACUAUCACUUGCAGUUUCCAUUGAAGAAACGUAAGUUUUGCAACUUGGUGCAUGUUCUCAGAGCCGAAGAUGGCAAUUCUGGCUAUGUGAUCAGUUUGGCGGUAGAUCCGUCGGUAAUUCCAGGAAACCCAAAGGAGCCGGCCUUCGUUCCUGCAAGGUACACGUCGGUGGAAUAUAUCACCUUUGAUCCAAAGACAAGUGACCUCAGGUGGUAUAUGACGACUUGCUCAGAUGCUGGAGGAAACGUACCACAAUGGCUUGCUAAGCUCACCAUCAACGGCGUUGUUGCCAAGGACGUUCAUCUGUUUCUCAAUUGGGCAAACACUAAGUAG